CCAAGCCCAAAUCCCCAAAUCGCCCCUAACUAAAACCCUAGCCUCACGCCAUGGCCGCCUCCCCCACCGCCUCCGCCUCCGGCUCCGUGGCCGCGGCGGCGGCGGCUGCUGCCUCCGAGGCCAACGACGGGCCCGUGCUCUCCGUCGUCUCCAAGCGCCUCCGCGCGCUGCGCAAGAAGCAGAACCGCAUCGCCCAGAUGGAGGAGUCCGCCGCCGCCGGCAAGGCCCUCAACCACGAGCAGAAGGAGGUGCUGCGCUCCAAGCCCAUCGUCGCCGCGCUCAUCGACGAGCUCGACCGCCUCCGCUCCCCGCUCUCCGCCGCCCUCACCGAGGAGCUCUCCACCGUCCCCGCCCCCGCCGCCCCGGCCCCGGCCCCCGCCGAUUCGUCCGUCCAGGACCUCCUCGCGCUCGUCUACUUCGGCUCCCUCUUCGACGUCAAGCCGCAGAGCGAGUUCCUCGCCACCAUGGUCGCCCGCGAGCACGAGCGGAGCAGCUGCAUCUCCUACGACUACGUCGGGGACGACACCGUCGACCUGCUCGUCGAGAACGACCUCAACACGGUGUCCGCCCUGGCGGCCCUCGCCGCCGCGCGCCCUGCUUCCGCCGUGGGCGUCUCCCACCGUGACGCGCUCCAGGCCUGCGCCAAUCACGCCCGCCUCUGGCUCGCCCGCGCUGAGGAGCCGAUCGGCCCUGACACCCCUGCUACAUAUGCUGCGGUGAGAGCUAAGCUGGAGAAGAUCAUGGCAUCAGAGUACUACACGGCGGCUGCUAUUGGAGGUGUGCAGCCACAGGAGAGCUUGUCUGCCUCACCAGAGGCGCCGUCAGUAGAAGAGAACCUAGUAGCUGCUGAAGGCCACAAGGAGGAAAAGGAAGAGUCACAUGCUACAGAAAUCGGCAAUGAAUAUCAGGCUAAUGCGGCUGAUGUUCAAGAUGUGGAUGCUGAAGCCCCUGUGAUCCCUCCCGAGGAGUAUCCCUCAGCUGAGGCAGAGCAGGAGAAAUUUGAUGUGGAAGGACAUGAUCAAAGGGAUGCUGAGCCAGAAGAGGAACAGUUCCAGCAGCCUCGGCGGUCUCACCACAACCAGCGAGGUGGUGGCCGUGGCAGGAGGGGCUAUCCUAAUGGUAGCCGGGGUGGGCGCGGAGGCCGCGGUGUUGGAUACCACCAGAACGGCCGGGGAGGCGGCGGUGGAUAUCAAGGUGGUGGUGGGUACCAGGGUGGUGGUGGAUACCAGGGUGGUGGUGGUGGUUACCAGAAUGGCCGGGGUGGCGGCGGCGGGUACUACAACAACGAUGAUGGAUACUACCAGCAGAGGAACUACAACAACAACAGGGGCAGGGGUGGCCGCUCUGGCGGCGGGUACUACAACAACCAGGGUGGAGGCCAGCAGGGAGGUGGCCAGCAGUAUGCUGAGAGGGUUGAGCUAGGUGCAAAUGCCUAGCUUUAGUUAUUUUGCUUGGGUUGUUACGGGAGGAAAGGGAGUCUGGGAGCCAUUUUGUCAUUAUAGAACUAACUUAGCCUGUUAUUAUGUCGCAAUUUCGCCAUCAUAUGGUUGGUCGAUAAUGUGGGAUCUAUGUUGGAAAGUAGCUUGAAGUCAUGUUCGUUCCUCCAAA